AUCACAGUGAAUCUUCAACUCCGACCUCGGGAAACCACAAACCACAAACCAAUGCUGAACUGGACUGAGACAGAACAUUUAUUUCUUUUGACGUCGCUCUCGGAAGCUACACGUAUAAUGAAUGGAUGGCUGUGGAGAUGUGGAGAUUCAAGAUGCCAGCAGUGCCCGGGAUGAUGCCCACAACGCUAGCUGGCUAGAGCUAAGGUACCGCUACAUGCAGCUGCUACGGUACGGAUUGCUACGUGUAGCCUGAUACUCCGAACUAAACUAUCCGAAUGGAGUAAGUACAGAUAAUGUACUAGUAUGCUCUAGGGUAGCAUGAUGCGAGGUGCUGAUGGCCAUGAAUCAGAAGCAAAUCAACAGUCAUGCAAACAAUUUGUUGCUGUGUUUCAGAGCGUCACCUUCGAUUCCCUCAUUGAAUAUUUGUGGUGUUGCUCCGUCUGGGCCAGCCAAGACCACGGUGAACAAGCAAAACUAGCUAGUGCUUCCUUCACUCAGCCUUUGGUCCAGAGCCAACGUCCCUUCUCUGAACCGCCUUUUAUUCCCUUCUGAACACAGUGUGGCUAGCUAGCCAGCCAGUUAUUGUAUGUAGAUCUCCAGCCAAUGAGGGAUCUUCUCGCCGUUCGUGGACAGCAAUUCGAUUCUGCAAUAAAGAUAAGGCUAUAAGGCUACACUGUAAUCAAAUCGAAUAGUCUUUGAAAACCGUGACUAUCAAUCCGUGACUGAGCGUGGCUGGUGCCAAACGCAAAGAGACUUCGAAAAGUUCAAAAGCCAAAGGCGCUGCCGCCAACACUCGCAAUGAUAACCAACAACAACCCCAGAAUAAGAAGUGAGUCAAGAAAGGCUCAGCCAGCAUCGGCACGCAAGAGAUAUGAAGCCAAGCCCGCAGCUAGGCACAAAGACCCUCACCUCAGUAUUAUGAUGCUUUGCAUGAGCACCUGAAAUCGGGAGAGAAGAGAUGACAACUGGUAGCAACCGAGCUACAAUCCGAAACGAAGGAACAAUCCAAAGCCAGUGCUGGCCAUGUGGUACGGUCGAUCUUGCACGUGCGCAUGUCUGGACUAUUAUGAAGGGCUUGCUAGCUAUAGUGGCCAUGGCACUGCAGGUUGGUUUUACCAACACACACACAUGCCAUUUGUCAAGAGUCUCCUGGUCCUGCCAGCUCACGAGUCACAUUUGAAACCCGUAUAUAUGGAUUUAACGACGGUACCAAAGGCAUAAAGAAACAACCUUGUUAUGACCUUGAAGUGGUCCUGGCAGCACCACCAUGCGGGACGAGGACCAACUUUGGUGAGCUAGCUAUUAUUAGCUGGUUAGGUAUUCGGCUGCUGUAUGCUGGAGCACCUGAAACGGACCUCCAGACACUCAGCUUUAUAAGUCAGGGAGAAGCUAGCUAGUUAGGAGAUCGACCGAUAGAACAAGGUUCCAAGAUGAUUCCCAUUUUCACGUUCCCAUUCCUUGUGCUACUGCUCCUUGGACCUGCGCCCCCGAUAUCUGUCGAAGCAAACGAAAGGCGACCUUCCCUUCUGCGAGGGGAGAAACGGGGAUCUAGUGCUGACAGAGAGACGAGUCGUCGGCUGCAGAUGGCGAUGAAUGGCAAUGGUGGUGACAUGAAAUCCAUGAUGGGAGGGGGUAUGUCACGGAAACCUCGCAAGUCAGUGGUUGUCAAAGGGAUGAAUGGCUCAUUGGGGAAGAUCAACGCCAAAUUGGAAGAGGGGAACGAAGAAAUGCUGAUGAGGGAAACCGAGGAGGAGCUCAAGAAACAGCUAAAGACCCAUUUCGGUGGGCAUGGAAAAGAACACGUCAAAUGUGUUACAGCCGAGAUCGAUGAACAAGGCGGCGCCCACCUUCGUGUGAAGCAGACCAUACUUGGAAUGGAGGUGGAGGGUGCCUCUCUGAUGGUUCACGUUGGUUUCAAUGGGACGCUGGAUUCCAUUAAUGGCGAGUUCUUGUCGGAUGAUGAGGAAAGUGAGUUUCUCGCAGCACUAGAGAACACAGACAUUACUCCUCCAGCAGUGCUCCUUGAAUUGGCCUUGCAAGAGGCAGGAAUAGAGGAGGGUACGUGGAUAGGACAGCCCGAGCGAGCAAUGGUUAGGCGAGAUGGUGACGGCAGUGCAUGUCUAGCGUGGAGGCAGGCCAUUCAAUAUAAUGUUUCGGAAAAUUCAAAAGGCGACGGCCCGCAGCUAGAUUGGAUCUUUGCGGACGCUACAUACUCGGAAGAGACUCUCUCUGAUGGUGACGAAGAAGCUCUAGAAGAACUACCCGACGUCUAUCAAAAUGAUACGGAUGCACUGAAGUUUCUCGCUUCGUCGCCAAUGCACAAAGUUCUCUGCGCAAGACAUCCUCAGUACCAUGGGACUGGGGUUCCCAGCAUGGAAACAUCCGACUGCAAUGGCCAAACAUCAUCUUGUUCCUUAGAGAGCACCUUACCCUACGACAUCAACACGGCAGAUGCUGCGCUAAAUGCAGCGCAUAACUAUGCCAUUGCAACCUACAAAUACUUUUUCAACACGUUUGGAAGAGAUUCUCUGGAUGGACAAGGCAUGACGCUUCGUUCAAGGGUAAACUAUGGCCAAAACUACAACAAUGCAUUUUGGAAUGGCUAUCAGGUGACUUAUGGGACGGGAGAUAACGUCAAUCUUCGUGCGCUGUCAUUGGAUGCAGAUGUGGUAGCACAUGAACUCACGCAUGGGCUAACCAGCUCAACAUCCAAACUAAGGUAUCAGGGAGAAAGCGGCGCACUCAAUGAAGCCAUGAGUGACAUUUUUGGUGCCGUCGUGGACAAACAGGAGGGAGCAACAGGGGCCGAUGUGUGGUAUAUUGGUGAGGAUAUUUGGCUGAGAGAACCAGGGGAAGGCUUCAGAAACAUGGCUGACCCCGCUUCCAAGGGAGACUUUGACUAUUAUCCAACCCGAUAUGUAGGGAAUGGUGACAAUGGCGGCGUCCAUUACAACUCAGGAAUUGGAAACUUGGCUUUCUAUCUGUUGGUCACUGGCGGCAUGCAUCCCGGGGGCAAGACUCAGGUUGUUGUUGAAGGCAUUGGAUUCGAAGCGGCAGCUGCAAUUUUCUACUGGGCUAACGUGGAUUGCUUGACUGAAAGUUCAUCCUUUGAACUGGCGCGGUUUUGCACCGCCGAGGUGUUUGGAGGGGACUAUACCAUGGACGUUCAUCAAGCAUGGGACGCCGUCGGCGUUCCUGGUGGACUUUCACAAAGUCCAAAAACGCUGCAGGAUGGAGUGUCAUUGACGGAUCAAUACGGCAAUGAUAGACAACAAUAUCGACUGGAGCAAAUCGAGGCUGGAGAUGUAGUUACAUGCUCCUUCACAGCGGACUCGGGCGACCCCGAUCUCUAUCUAUCCUUCGGUAGCGAGCCUGGAGUUUGGCCCUACUAUGAAGACAACGCUUGUUCUAGUUAUACUGCUUCCGCUGAAGAAUCUUGCACAACGUUCCCUGCAACUGAACUCACCACACUCUUCAUCCUUGUGCAUGCGUGGGAUGCUGUGCCCUACACUAGCAUGGAAAUCACUUGCAGCAUCAACGGAGGCAACCAAGCUCUGGACGGACUUCCCAGCAGUGCUCCUACUGCUAGUUCCUCUCCAAGUACAGCUCCAAGUUUGACGCCAACCGACGCCCCUACGGGCAGCGCAAGUCAAACUUCAACAGCCGAAACUUUUGCUCCUUCUCUUGUUCCCAGCACUGUGCCAAGUCUCUCCCCGAGUAGUUCACCAUCCGGAAGUCCCUCAGUGUCACCGACUCGUCGUCCGACCAGUCCGCCCAUGUUGCCACCGGUUGAGCGGCCUCCCCCUCCUCCACCCAGUGGCUGUUUCUCGAGCGAUACUCCAGUCUCUGCAUUGGGAAGAGGCGUCAUUUUGAUGAGCGAGUUGGAGAUUGGAGACCAAGUGCUUACUGUUGAUAGCAACCAUGAUGUACACUAUGAACCUGUCUAUGGGUUUGCCCAUCGCCACAACAUGGAGUCGAUGGAGUUUACCCAGAUUCACUAUGCAGUGGCGGAUAGUACCGACGAAGCCGAUCCAGAUGCUAGUCGAAGUCCUCUGGAGAUGACUGACAGCCAUCUCUUGUUCAUUUCAGGCAAGGUUCAUCCCAUUCGAGCAGAUGCAGUGAGGGUGGAUGACCAGCUGGUUAUUUUUCGGCCAAAAUCCAACAGCUCCUCCACCGCGACCGUGACGCGGGUCGAAAGAGUGUUGCGAAGUGAUGGUGUUUUUGCACCUUUGACACCCAGUGGCACGAUCAUUGUCCAUGAAACGGGGAUCUUGGCGUCUACUUACAUUUCACUACAGGAAUCUGCCACUGAGUUCAUUGAGCUGCAACACGGACUGAUUCUCCCUUUUCUUCCUCAGCAAUCUAUGUGUCACUUGUGGAUGACCCCAUACCGCUUGGCUUGUAUGCAAAAGUCAAUAUUUUGCAAGGGAGAAGCCUACAAUGACAAGGGAAGAUCCCUGUGGGUUCAGUUUGGCAUAGAUGUGGCACGAUGGGUCGAACUGCAAUCCCUCUUGGUUCAAGUUUUGGUCAUAGGUGCCAUCCUGGUUGGCCUGUCCACGGCAGCAGCAGUAGAAAUUAUCUCGGAGUCGUCACCAGCGUCGUUUCUGGCAACGAUGGUGGUGGCAUGGCUUUCCUGGAGAAUCUUGACAAGAACUGGCGUGAGCAGGCCCGAAUGAGUGGAUUCCUAGUAGAAGGAUCCCCCGAUUCCACGGAACCUAGUCCUGAAUUUUGCCUCUUCUUUGCUUAAGCCUGGCCCUUGCUGGCUAAACCCCCUAUCUUUCUGGAUGCUUCCUUCCCCUGGCCAAGUCGUUCUGUGAGCUCCUUCCCUCCGGUGAAUUGUCUUUUGUGGCUGCUGGCUUCUAUUGAUUUCGGAUUGCGAGAAGCCGAGAACCCGCUGAAGAAGCAAAUGAAACUGAAGCCUAACAUCAGCUGGACACAUGUACAUGAACUGGCAGCGAAGACAAUCUAUCAAAUGCAGCGAAAAGUGAGAGUAUUUGAAAGAGACAAGCCUCGAUGCCAGAGUUCUGUUACCGAGUGCGGAACCAUCGUAAGCACCACUUUAUGCCUUGCCGGAAACAUAGAUACGUAUCAACUAUCAGCGAGAGUAGUAGAAAAACGACGUUCUGGAUCAAGAGUUUCGCCUUGGGUCCAAUGGCGUCCAAUUCGGCACAUCAAGAAGCAACGUUGCUGAAAAUGUUCUGAAUUAGAGGGGAAAUUGCUGCAAAUAGUAGCCCAGUCUAGUUUCAUUAUAGUACCAGUAAGAAAAGCUCAUUCUUCUCUCUUCCUUUUUGGGAUGUUGGUGACACUGUUGACAUUGGCAUGCACGCUUGGACAUUCUCUCGCCGAGCUCAAAUCGCGAGGAGACAGGAGCAGGAGCCGAAGGAACCAAGAUGACCUUGGUGACGGCGCAUCCCAUAUGAAGUCAUAGACUCAGUGCCUCCCUUUCCAACCGUCGCAUGGCAACUGCAGUGCCAACAUCAUCCACCCAAGCGGUCAAUGCAUCAACAAAUGAACUAAUCAUCCUUGGUUCUACUGCCAACUUCUCCACAUUCAACGAGCUUGUUAUUGCCGUGGAGCGACUUGCAGGACUGUUCCCGAGAACGACACAACCAACAUCGCUUUGCAGCAGAAAGUUGAUGGGCUCUAGGCACGCGUUUGUCCUGUUCAUGAACAAGCAAGCGUCGUCCGUCACGAAGAAGCGAUUGAUCAAACUGAGUGUGAUGGAUCCGAGUUUCAAAACACACGUUGUGCUUUUUGUCUACGGUGUGGUGCCGGUACGGCCGUGUAUUCACUUUACGCACAGUGUGAUCAAUACAUCCUUUUUUAGGCUUUAGAGUGCGAGACAAACUCCGGCUUUUCGCAGAACCCACACAUCCUCACCUCCUCUUCGUUCGUAAAACAGCAACCAGACAUACUGUACCGUAGUUAGCUUCAGCAAAGCACCAGUAACGAUUAAGCAGAUCAUAGGGAGAGUUAAAAAUCUUUU